UGUUGGUUGCUGGAUGAGGAGGGAAGGAAGAGAGUUGGGAUGACAGGCGAUAUCAUCAACAUUAUAUAGAUCUAAGAGACUCAGGUGUCAGACGAGUUGUUUCCAUGAUGCCACGGCUCUGGCGCAUAGGCAAGAAGGGGGCAAGACGAGACAGUCUGCGACGAUGACAACCCAUGACGGGCAUCUCCCCAUCCCUUCUCGAUGCCGUUCCCACUACCUCAUACAUGGGAUCGUAGCCGAGAACGCGAGCCUGCUCUGCCUGCUUUCCGUCUUGCUCAGCCAUCAGUAAACGCCGCCUCGUGGGAGAGUACGACUAGGUCGACGUCGCAACGUGCCGCAGACUCCAGAGUCCUACUCAUGGCCCCGACCACCCCCUUAGCGACGAUCAUACUACAGCAAUGGCACGAAAUAGCCAUGGUGCGGCAAGGACGUCACGGCCACUACAGUGGCCCAAGUCGUCCGCGUGCCGCAAAGUGUCGUCCCAACUGGCCUCACACGCACAGUUUGUCUCAUGUCGCCUGGAUCGAGGAUUCACCCAGGGAGCAUGGGGGUUCGGAUGGCCGCCUCCGUCCAGUCUCUUUUGUUCGGGAACGCGGCCGAAUUGACAUGGAGGUGCCCUGCUGCCAACUCGUGGUUGCUUCAGAUUCUGCAUGCGCCUAGCCGCUGCCUCUUGAUGGGGUUGCGCUGACUAGAAGUGGUUCAGACCGGGGCGAUGACGGCUUGUAGCGAGCUCAAC